AAUUGCAAAAACGAAACCAACACAGCUAAUCCUUUGACAGCAGAAGAUAAAAAUGUUAUUUGUUAAUUCUUUGUAAAUAACUAAUAAACGUGCAAUAGUAGAAUGUGGUCAUAAUGGGUGGCUGUAUCGGAAUAACUAGGAGCAGAGGGCCGCCCACCGAGGAGUCGUCCGAGACGGGGUCACGGCCCAACUCCGGCGGGCUGAGGAAGAACCAGUCUCUGUGCCAUGAGACGAUCAGGUGGAAGUCUGACGUGCCGCUGACGGAGGGGCAGCUGAGGAGUAAGCGGGAUGAGUUCUGGGACACAGCGCCGGCCUUCGAGGGUCGCAAGGAGAUCUGGGACGCGCUGCGGGCGGCGGCGGUGGCGGCCGAGGCCAUGGACUUCAUGCUGGCGCAGGCCAUCCUCGACGGCGCCAGCGUCUCCGUGCCUAAUGGCUACUUGACUGAGUGCUAUGAUGAGUGGGGCACGAGGUAUCAGGUACCAAUAUACUGCCUAUCACCUCCCAUCAACAUGGUUAAAGAGGCGAGCGGGCGCGACUCCCCAGCGGAGUGGUCGGAACCGGUGGAGGGCGGCACGGAGGUGUCGCUGCGCCUGCGCCUGUCUCACACCUGCAAGGAUGUGGAUCUGUCCGUGUAUUCAAGGCACACUAUUGCGCAGUGCAAGAAUAAGUUGCAUGCCCAAGAGAACAUAGAGACCUGGCGGCAGCGCUGGUUCUACGGCGGGAAACUCCUCGGAGACCGCCUUCUCAUUGAAGAAGCUAAAGUGAACCCCGGCUACAUAGUGCAAGUCAUCGUCAGCACCGAGCCCCAACCGCCCAGCUAGUGCGACAGGGACAGGGCGCUGUUGCGAUACGUGCGAGUGAGACAGGACUAGAGAUGUGAUAGUGCAAGUGAGAUAGUGAAGGACUGGUGAUGUGAUAUGUGCAGUGACGGGUUAAGUGUGGCGGUUGGAGGUGCUUCUAUGUGAUGUAAGGGUUAAGGGUUACAUGGAACUGCGAAGCGUGGGUUGUCUCGCUCUCUCCUAUGGAAUACCUGGGAGUAGGAGGGAGAUAGCUAUAUGAAUACGAAGUCGCAUCGCAGUUUUGUGUUCAAGCCCUAAUGGUGAAGUGAAAGGGAAGGAAUGAAUGCAGAUGAAUCUGAAAGAGAAAGCUUUGUAAAAAUGUUUGUUGGUUGUUGCAGAAACUGGAGUUAGCUAUGAAUUUGAAGACUUAUUUAUCCAGCCAAUGUGUCUGAUGCACAAAAUUUUGCUGCACUUUUUUAGCAUCUUUCCUUGGCUUGAAGCCCAUCUAGUGAUUGAGGCAUAUUUUAAAGGGAUGUCGACAUUAACAGCCUUAGGUUUCCCAAAGAGCUCUAAGCUGUCCUGUAUUGACAGUUACCAGCUUUGGGAAAAUCAUGGUGCUCAUAUAAUACCUAAGAUGUGCUUUGGUAGAUGUAUUUCAAGCCAAUGAUAAAGUUCAGCUAAUUUUUUUUUCUCAUUAAUAUAUCAAUCAAGUAAAACUAAAUAAGCAUUUCCAACUCAGCUGUACCUGAACAAGCCUAAUUAACCAUCCUACUGUUUUAUUCCACAUACUAAAUGGAAUACCUUUUGAUUGUGUGAAAGAGAUAUAACAGUUAGGCUUAUGACUUGUGGGUUUUCUAUAAAAUAAGGGUUUUAUCUGUAGCUUUUUGAUGCAUCUUACAUAAAUAACCUUGUGUAAUUGAAUCAUAUAACUGCCAUAGAAUACACAAGAAACUAUGUAAAUGUAUGUAUAUGUAUACUGUAAGAAAUACUUAUUAAUAACAUACAACCUAUGUGUAGGAGGUACUCAUAUUUGUGGAUAGAAUAGUUUUAUCUGAGCUUGUAAUCCUGCUUGUGUUUUAACUUUAUCAUAAUUAUGUGUACUGAAAUACUGAUAUUGUAUAUAAAUAAGUAAAUAAGGAAUUUAAUAUUCAAAAGUAAUUAUUGCCUGUUGCACAAUAUGCAUGAAUAUUGAUGGAGAAUUAACAAAAAUGUUCACUGGCCCAUAACUUUCAUAAGGUUUAAUUUAAGUAGACAGGUAUGAUUUAUUUUGAUAUAGGUUUCAGAUGGAUGCCAUUUUUUCUAAAGCUUAAUAAUUUUCACUGUCAGCGCUUACAAUA